GCCAGUCCAGCUACAUGAGAUUCUGGCUCUACAAAGUCCUGCCCACCUCUUCCUGCCACCUUGUUCCAUGGCCCAAACUCUGACCUGGGCUCCUCAAAGUAACACAGCACCUGUAGGCCUCAAUUCCCCUCCCAAGCCAUUCAACAUUCAGGCCAGAAAGCUGGGCCCUUUGCAGGGGUCUCUUUACUUCUAUCCCAGCCCCAAGCCUGAGAGCCUGCGUACUUUCUCCUCCCCAAACCUCCCAGACAUGGUCCUCCUGGAAGCAGCUCCUGUUACCACAUCUUGUAACCAGAACUGACAGCACUGCCCCCUCCCUACCUCACCAGGAAGGCAUCAGGGACUGAAGAGCCUCCCAGGACAGGCAGUCUCCUCCCAGCAGCACUAGUCAGGAAGCAUCACCAUAGCAACCCUAGCAGCAAACAAUGGUACCAGAGAGGGCUUUUCCCCAAAGCCUCCCCUCCUGGCUCUGGCUCAGGGGAAGAAUGGCCAGCAGCUGGGGAAGAUCCCUCCAAACGCCAGGCAUGGACGGUGUGCCUCAUGUCAGGGAGCCUUUCCUGCAGAUGGUCCAUGCCAGAGAAUCCUUCCCCACCGACCAGACUUGGACUCAGCGUGAGUUCCUCCUCCCCAGAGAGGCCAGAGACUUGCCAGGCUUCACCCAGCGACCCUACCACAAGCUGGCCUUGAAGCAGCCACCAUACACAGAGAUGAAGUCUAAGGUUCAUCACCAGGCACGCUAUCCUUGGAAGGAUGAAACCAAGCACACCUGGGGCUUCCACACAUGGCUCGAUGUGGGGCGUCUGCCUGCCACCUUCCCCACCAGGCCAGACAUACCCUAUGACAGUAAUGUCUGGCGCUGGUUGACCCAUUCCAAUGGCCACCGUCUCCCUGCUGCACAACCUGCCAUUCCUCCGCCCUCCUGGCUGGGCCCACACAGCUUCCUGACCUUCAUCAGCGCUACCCCCAUCUUCACAGACGUGAACAGGAAGAACCAAGUGAUUGUGAGGACCCUGAGAGAACUGAAGGAGGUGGAGAAACUCAAGCUGAGGAGCGAACUGAGGGCCCCUCCACUCGAUGCCCACGGCAAUAUUCUUCCCCCACCAAACUUCAAGAAGUCUCAGUUCAUCUCUGAUGGCGGAAGGCUUGAGCCUUGGGAUCUCCAGAUCCUACCCAACCCACUUCCCAAUAAUUUCACCAAGAAUUGGCCCUGCCCAAACCCGCAGCCGCAUUACCAGGAGAAGGCCCUGAAACUGGCUCGGCUGCCCUGUGUGCCCCUCAGCGAAGACUUGGUGAGGGACUACCAAACCCUGAUAAAGAACCGGGUUGCCAUGCCCCUCUACUACCUGUCCAAGGCAAGACCUGCCAACACAUCAGCCAGAAAGAGGAAAGGAAGCCCUGGAUAUGUCUAA